ACUAAAAAGGCCAUGAAUGUGAUCCUCAGUGACCUGCGAGCCAGCGACUACUUCAACAUCAUCUCCUUUUCUGAUACUGUUAGUGUCUGGGAAGCUGGAGGCUCAAUCCAGGCCACCGUCCAGAAUGUCCACAGUGCCAAGGACUACCUGGGGCGCAUGGAAGCUGAUGGCUGGACCAACAUCAAUGCAGCUCUGCUGGCAGCUGCUUCGGUGCUGAACCAUAGCAACCAGGAGCCUGGGAGGAGCCCCAGUGUGGGGAGGAUCCCUCUUAUCAUCUUCCUGACAGAUGGGGAGCCCACAGCCGGCGUGACGACCCCCAGUGUGAUCCUCUCCAAUGUCCGUCAGGCACUAGGCCACAGGGUGUCCCUUUUCAGCUUGGCCUUUGGGGAUGAUGCUGACUUCCCACUGCUACGUCGCCUGUCUCUGGAGAACCGGGGAGAUGCCCGGCGUAUAUACGAGCACACCGACGCGGCCCUCCAGCUGGAGGGCCUCUAUGAGGACAUCUCCAUGCCUCUGCUGGCAGAUGUGCAUCUGGACUACUUGGGAGGCUUGGUUGGAGCCUCCCCUCAGACCCUUUUUCCUAACUACUUUGGUGGCUCAGAGCUGGUGGUGGCAGGCCAGGUGCAGCCAGGUGAACAGGAGCUGGGCAUCCAUUUGGCAGCCCGUGGCCCCAAAGGUCAGCUUCUCAUGGCCCACCACAGUGAAAAGGCUACCAACAGCAGCCAGAAGGCCUUUGGUUGCCCGGGGGAGCCAGUUCCCGUUGUGGCCCGCUUCAUCCGCCGCCUCUGGGCCUAUGUCACCAUCGGGCAGCUGCUGGAUGCACGCUUCCAAGCCCGCGACACCACCACUCGGCGCCUGCUGGCUGCCACCGUCCUCAACCUGUCCCUUGAGUACAACUUUGUCACACCUCUGACUUCACUAGUCAUGGUGCAGCCCAAGGAGGCCAAUGAGGAGGCCAGGAGGCAGACCCCCACCACAGCCGAGCUAGAUGCCAUCAUGCCUUCACCCAGCAGCAGUCAUGGACUAGGGGCGGGCACAGCCCAGCCUGUCUUGGUGCCCAAGGUCUCCCCCAAAUCAAUGCCUGUGAAACCAAAGCUCUACUUAUCCUCAACUGCUACUGUCUCUGCCAAGAUGCCCAGUUCCAAGGAGUUGGAGCCAUUGGGACAGAACCCGAGUACCCCAUCAAGCCCAGAACACCCGAAGCCCCAAACUCCAGCCCAACAGGAUUCUGAUACCUUGACCCAACCAACUCUCAGGACGAAGCCUGCUGUCUUUGUGCCCUCAAACUCUGGUUGUCUGUUGCCUCUGAAGCCCAGCGCUUCGGCACACCAGAAGCCUGAUAUUGUACUGCCCACAAAUUCCAAGACGCAGGUCCCACUUCUGAAUCUCGGCAUCCCAGCCCCCUCCAAAUCUAGCAUGGUAAAACAUGUUACUCCACUGCAUUCUAAACCUGGUGCUUCACCACACCCCCAACCUGAGGUAUUCACACCACAGUCACCCAAAGGCCUGCCACAGCCCAGACCUAGAGUCUCCACACUUCAGAUUCGCCAAAACCCACCACGCACCAGACCUAGGGCUCCUGCUCCCAAGACCCCAAACAACCAGGCACACCCCACACCUGGGAUCCUUUUACCCAAGAUCCCUAAAAUCUUAUCACCCCUUAAAUCUAGUGCCCCACUACAGCAAACUUCCACAAGUCUAUCACUUUCUAAGAUGGGGAUCAAUGCCCAUACACACGAAAUUCCGCAGUCUCCUAGACCUGCCAGACCCGGGCCCCCACCUCCUCAGAGCCUAAGUAUAUCCCCGUACCCAAGUUCCACAGGUUCUAGCAGUGCCACGACCACCUCUGUCCUUGGAGAACCUCUCCCCACCACUCCUUUUACCCCUACCCUGCCUCCUGGAAGGCCCUGGAAUCAGCAUGACCAGCUGCUGGGGCCUCAGAGCACCAGGCAAAUUCUGGGGUCAUCUGGGCCAGAAGUCCCAACAAUGAGUUUACCCAACAGCUCCAGGCCUACGCCAGAAGGCAACCCUCCAAACCUGCCAAUCUUGCUGCCUUCCAGCAACCUCCCUGAGGCCAUCAGUCUCCUCCUUCUCCCUGGGGAGCUAAAACUGCUGUCUGCGUAAUUGGAGUCCUAGUUUGUGGAGUCCUUGAACUCACCAGCUUUCUAUACCUUCCUCACUCCAGACAAAGAUG